AUGACCAGGCUCCGCGGAGCUUCUCUCGAUUCCCCAAACUCCCAGCCCGGCGGCGAGCGACAGUACUGUCGGGCCAAAGUUCCCCAAAACGCGCCCGACGUCAUUGUUCAGAAUACCAUCGAAGUCUCAGAUUCCUCACGGGUGCUGCCGUGGUACCGAGAUGAGCGAAGACGACGAUUCAACAUACUAGUACGAAGGUAUAAAAAUCAGCUGCUCCAUGGCUGUGAUGAUCCUGGAUGCCGAACCCCGACAUGCGCGAGUCGCCGUCGCCGCGUCAGCGAGGGCCCAUAUCGUCGAUACACUGAGCUUAGUGCCCGAACUCUUGCCUGUUACCUCGCCAGUCUAGACGAUGCGGAGAGCGGACUUUGCUGCAAUACCCCGAAGAUACCAUCUGAGCUGACGGUACAAGACUACCACCGUAUUUCCCUGCAACGGUCUCGUGCUAUCCAAGCCCAGGCAGCCGCCGCCGCCGCAGCCGCCGAAGAGCAAAGCAGUUUCCUUCGCGGUCGAGACCCUGAAAGUGGCAAUGCAAGUAAGCAACAAGUGGAUGAAUCCAAGCCGGUCGGCUCGUUCAACAGGGUUGAUGAUGCGGGCUCGUCGUCUUCCCCAAGCGGGUACCCCGGCGGCUAUGACUUUCAAGACCUUGACUAUGCUGCUGAGCAGCCUUUAAAGGAUCCGAAAUCAUUCACACAGAACCUAUUCGACACAAUAUCGCUCCGAAUGGUUGAGUGGCUUCCGCUUCGUCGAACUACAGACUCCUUUCAACCCAAGUCCAAACAGCCUAUGCUACAAUCGGGCACGGAUCAGUCCCAUCCUGGCAAAGAACUUGAAGCACAACAUAGGGACUUUGAAAAAGCAAAGCCCAACAAUCACAAACCCGCCCCGUCACUGGUACCAAAUCAGCAACCACGCACCCCUUCAUCGCGAGCAUCAGGAACCCAAGCCUCGGCCGUCGAGCUGAAAUUCCAAAACCAACAUGUUAAGCGGCUUUCAUUAAAUGAGAUGGAUCAUUGGCGACAAACCACACGCUCUGGUCUAGAGGAGAAGAAAAAACCUGAAUAUACCAAUAGAAAAGUGUCUGUGAAUUCGCACAUUGCUUCAAGCGAUUUUGCUAGCAUGCCUUCCCCGCCGGCCUUGAAACAUCGACCCCAAAAGCAUCGGGGCCGAAUUGGCGAAAUGGAACAUCCCAAAAAGAAGGAACGUUCCAAGAACCAGCGUCGUGUCUCUUGGGAUAGUGAAAAGGUUCUCAACCAGGUCCCUCGGGAAGAAAAUCCUGGAAAUCAUUGUCUUCCACCUUCACAGGGGGAGCCUGACAACGCAUCCCCAAGCAGCCGCAAAGUCAAACAUGAUUUACGUCACCGCUCUUUAGAUCAGACUCCAUUGGCGCAAACGGUGACUCAUUUCACUCCAGACAUCAUUCAUGGCCUUGGCCAGAUCAUGGUCGAAUCCUCGGAGGAAGAAGAGACCUGGAAAGAAGAAAUGGAUCAUAUUCAGUCGACGGGGAGCUUUGAUAAUCCAGAGUGGCGAUUUGCUACAUCUCGCCAGCGUCAAGCAUAUCCAUUUGUUUCACAGAGUGUUUUCUUUGUGUUCAGCAGUGCCAGACACAUCCUGUCUUCUUUUGGAGUGGAUGAAAAGGGGCCACCUGCAUGCCCGCAACGAGCGACGGAUCAUCGCCUUGAUGUUUCAAAUCUUCGGGGUUCUUUACAACAUCUUUUUACCAUUUGUCCAUGGGACAUCGCAUUGCAUAGUCUGUGGACCACUUUAGACCACCUUUUUGUUCCGCCAGGUGACUUUUCCCCUUCAACCCGACCGUCGCGUCGCUCUUCGCGCAGUUCAACCAUGACAGGUCAAAAUGGACCACCGCCAGUGGUUCGACGACCCUCCGAGUCAGUAAGCGAUGAGCAUCUGUCCGAUGUGGAUGCUGCCUAUAUUGCCACUGUUGCCCUCUUCGUAUUGGUCAGCUCCAUUCCAGACAUUGAUGUACGGACCUGGCGUCAGAUCCUCCAAAUGCGCUCUUCAGGGAGUGUAGCGUCUGCUGCGGCCAUGCAAAAGUUACCUUCAGGCCAAGUCCAGCAGGUCGUCGAAGCGACCGAUAGGCUUGAACAUGACCUUGCGCUUCGCUUGAUUAAUCGCCUCGUUCGCGCCCUUACUGCUCGUCUCGCAUACCAUGAGAUAUCCAAAGCACGUCAGGUCUAUACCCUUGACCUUCCGAAGCAAAGGGGUGUCAGCGUUCUCGAUCGCAUUGUGGACCAUCUCAGCGAGCACCAUACCGUUCAACAAUCGGCUGCCGAUAGUUCGUCUUAUCAGCCCACCAGCCCUGCGCAUGUCAUGUUAGAAUGGUUGAGAACUCUGUUCUUACGAGAAUGGGAUGGCAAUCCCGAAAUGGCUCGCAGCAGUGCCACCGGAGGUGUAGUACAGAUAUUGGCUUUAAUGUACAGAGAACGAAAUAGGCUGGGCCUAUUUCCCGAAGACUUCCAUACUCCGAUUCUCGCAGAGCGGCUGGACCCUCUUGAGAUGCCCGUGGCAUGGGUAGGCAGCCUCCCGAACAACCGAACGAUGCAUCUCAUGUCAUAUUCCUUCUUAUUCCCACCUUCCUACCUCGUCAUUUACUUCCGAGCUCUUAAUUACUCUGCUAUGUCGAAAUACUUCGAGGCUGCCAUGACCACGACCAGACAUGUUACCCAGACAGCCUAUAGCAACGCCAUCAACGUCACCGAUGACUCUCCACUCUUGCAACGGAUGAAGGUUUCCAUGUCAACCUACUUUGUUCUCAAUGUGCGGCGAGAUAAUAUCUUGACCGAUUCCUUGAACCAAUUGUGGCGACGAGAGAAACGAGAGUUGAUGCGGCCACUCAAAGUCCAGAUGGGUAUGGAUGAAGGUGAAGAGGGCUUGGACCAUGGCGGCGUUCAACAGGAAUUUUUCUGUGUCUUGAUGGCGGAGGCCCUUGACCCGUCUUAUGGCAUGUUUACUAUGGACAGUCGACACCGCAUCUCCUGGUUUCGCCCCUGCUCCCUGGAACCGCUAUACAAAUUUGAGCUUAUUGGCCUUUUGAUAUCCAUUGCCGUAUACAAUGGCAUCACUCUUCCCAUCAACUUCCCCAUUGCUUUUUACCGCAAGCUUUUGGGAACCAAGGUGAAGCACUUGGAUCAUAUUCGAGAUGGAUGGCCAGAACUCACUAGCGGUCUCGAGGCGCUUUUAUCCUGGACAGAUGGUGACGUUGGUGAUAUCUUCAUGCGCACGUAUGAAUUCAGUUUUGAAUCGUUCGGCGGCAUUGAGACAAUUGAUAUGCAAAAGGUUGAUCGCGAUGCCGCCUGGCCAGUUCCAAUCAAAGCUACUCGUGCCAAUCAUGUCGCAAAAUGCUCAGCCUGGGCUGAUGCGUCUCAACGCUGUGACCCAGCAGGAGCGAGUCUGAACUCGUCCAUGCUAAAGGAGACAACCGAUCCGCCUCCCUCGUCGGCUUCGGGUGAGACGGCCGAGUCUAUCCCCAGGUCUUUGCCGCCUCAGUCUUCUGCUCCUCCCCCAGAAGAGGCCUCUUUGGUAACAAAUCAGAAUCGAUAUCAGUUUGUCAAAGACUACAUAUUCUGGUUGACGGACAAGUCUAUUCGGCCUCAAUUUGACGCGUUCGUACGCGGGUUCCACACCUGCCUUGAUCGGUCUGCCCUGUCGAUAUUCACACCCGAGGCUUUGAAGACCGUAGUAGAGGGUCUGCAGACGAUCGAUGUAAAGGAGUUAGAGAACCACGCUCGUUAUGAGGGUGGCUUUGGACCGGACCACCGCGUCAUUCGGGACUUCUGGAAUGUGGUCCAGCAAUACUCGGCAGAGAAGAAAGCGCAGCUCCUGGAGUUUGUUACUGCAAGUGACCGCGUCCCUGUCAAUGGAAUCUCGAGCAUCAUGUUUGUGAUCCAGAAAAACGGCGUGGGGGAUAUGCGUCUUCCGACUAGCCUCACAUGUUUCGGUCGAUUGUUGCUCCCGGAGUAUUCCUCAAAGGAAGCUUUGGUGGAGAAGCUUGACAAAGCACUUGCAAAUGCAAGAGGAUUCGGUGUUGCAUGA